GAUCACCAGGAAGACUUAAAAAUCUUCGAGCUCCCUUUCCUCGCCCAACCAGCGACAGACGCUUCUUUGAGGGCUAGUUUUUCCGUGUGCAGAGCAGAGGAGGCCACGACUUUCUUCGCAAACCCAGCGAUCAACGUACCCGGAUCGUCCCGAGCGACUCCGGCAACGAGCCCCUCCAGCGAGUCGACUAGCCAGUACCAGCAGCUAUCGAUAUUCAUCUUCCCGAAGCCCUUUCCCGGCAGCAGUGACCACGAACACGGUUCGAUUCUCUUCUGACUUAUUCUGGAUUUUCCCUGAAGUGUUCGGUUUGAUGAAAUCCUUGCUCAGAAUGACUGAAAUACCCAUUUGUAUUUUGUGGCGUUCCUUCCCGUGUGAUUGGACCAAAGUCUCCCCGAUCAGCUUCUUAACAAGAAUAGACGAGUGGACUUAUGAGAAUAUUGCAGGCUAAUCUCGACCUUUCCAAAAAUUUGACUUACGAAUGAUAUGGAUCAUUGGGAGUUUGAAUAUAAUGCGGUCAUUUACAUACUUGCUUCUUUUUUGUUAUUCUGUGACUGAAUUUGUAUUUUAGUCUGCGAUUUGAUGCUUUUCUCUAAUCAUUGGGAAUCUCACUCAUGAUAUAUUUACGCGAUAUGUUUGUGGUUGAGACCUUCAAUCAGCCAAGGUUGAAGGCCUAUCUUGUUCACCCACGAGGGAGGGAGGGAGAGAGCUGCUAAAGCUAAAGUUUAAAAUGGGGAGCUCAGAGGCAGGAACAUCGUCAGGAAGCGAGUAUCAAGUGUUUCUGAGCUUCAGAGGACCCGACACUCGUGAUGGAUUUACCGACUUCCUCUACCAUAGCUUGACCGAUGCUGGCAUCUGUGUCUUUCGAGACGAUGAAGAGCUCUCUAUUGGUGAAAGAAUUGAUGGAGCGCUCCCGAGAGCAAUCAACAACUCUGGGAUCUACAUCCCCAUCUUCUCUCGAACUUACGCUUCGAGCCAAUGGUGUCUGCGCGAGCUCGCGCAGAUUGUGGAGAACGCUUCCAAGUCUAGUGGGCAUAAAGAGAUCCUGCCUAUUUUCUUUGACGUGGAACCCAACAAUGUUAAGCUGAAAACUCCAUUGUAUCGCGAUGCCAUACUCAACUUGGAGCGUGAGAAGAAGUUGAGCACUGAACAAGUAGAUUCCUGGAGAGAGGCUUUGAAGGAGGUUGAUGCAAUAAAGGGGUGGGAAGUCAAGAAAUACAAAGGCCAAGGGGAACUCAUUAAGUUGGUCGUUGAAGAGGUUGUGAAGAAGUUGAAGACAAAGCAAAAGUUGAUGACUGAACAUUUAAUCGGAAUCGAUGAUCAAGUGGUAGCAGUAAAAAAUUUGUUAGAUGUAGGCUCGGAGGUAAACGGCUCAUUCAAAUUCAUGGCAUGGGGGGUAUUGGUAAAACAACUCUUGCCAAGGUCGUGUUCAAUAAACUUUCUACCCACUUUGGAAAGUGUUGCUGCUUUCUUGAAGAUGUUCGAGAAAAGUCGUCAAGAACGGAUGGCUUGGUUGGAUUGCAUAAGAAGUUACUAUCUGAAAUAGGAAAUGCCGCAGGAACAGGAAGCAUUGAUGCAACUGACAAUGGAAUGAAGAGGAUCGAAGAAACACUUCGCCGUAAGAAGGUCUUAAUUGUACUGGAUGAUGUUGAUAAAAGCGAACAAGUGGAGAAAUUAGUUGGAAAAGGUGCUUUGUUUUUAGGUUCUAGAGUACUGAUUACUACUAGACAUGAGAAUGUUUUGCAAAUCACUAGACCAAAGUACGAAAUUGUAAAAUAUGAAAUGAAGGUGAUGAGUAGUGAUCAUGCUUUUCAGCUCUUCAGUAGGCAUGCAUUUAAUAGCGACUCUCCUCCAAAUGAUGACUUUGGUAUUUCAAAGAAAAUUUUAUCUACUACCGGAAGACUUCCUUUGACUAUCGAAGUAAUUGGUUCAAUGUUGCGCAAUGAAAGAAAAGAAGCAUGGAAAGAAACAUUGGACAAGUUAAGCAAAACACUUUUGGAGGAUGUUUACAAUAAGUUGAAGAUUAGCUAUGAUGCAUUGACUUUUCAGGAACAGCAAAUUUUUCUGGAUAUUGCAUGCUUUUUCAUUGGCGAGAAAAAGACAAAUGCAAUUUAUAUGUGGGAUGAUUGCGGACUUUACCCGAUUAGAGGAAUUGAGGUCCUCAAAAGGAUGUGCUUGAUAAAGAUUGGAAAAGGCAAUGAGUUUUUGAUGCACGAUCAGCUAAGAGAUCUCGGAAAGGGAAUUGUUAAUAACGAAAAUCCGAUGAAUCCUGAAGAACGUAGUAGGUUAUGGAUUAAGGAUGAAGUCCUCGAUACAAUAAAGACAAAGAAGAUGAAGAACGUUCAAGCAAUGGUACUCGAACCGUUUCCUCCAAAAGUACAUAUCAAAAGUGAAAAGAUUGGAAGGUUUGAAAAGCUAAGGUUCCUUGAACUUGAGAGAGGAACCUUUGUUGGCGAUCUAAUGGAUUGUUUUCCCAAAUUAACAUGGUUUGGCUGGAGUGCUUUUGAUUUAAAGUGUGAGCUGACCAAUAUGUGCUUAAAGAAUGUAGUUGUCCUUCAAUUUUCAAGCAUUGCCGGUUUAGAUGAUAUGGAAUUAUGGAGCCUAAUAAAGGAGACAAGAAAAUUGAAAGUUCUUGAACUUAAGUGGUGUCAUAACAUAACCACAACAGGAGACUUAUCGGGAUGCUCAACUUUAGAGCGGCUUACUUUUAGGGAUUGCGUUGGUUUAAGGACGAUUGACAGCUCUAUUGGGAAGUUAAAGCAUUUGAUAGAGUUAACGGUUGAUGGGUGCAAUCUGAUUGAUUUGCUUGUAGAAAUCGGGGAACUACAGAAUCUAGAGCGUGUCAUUUUAAAGGGGUGUUGUGAAAACUUUAAGUGUAAAUCAUUACUGGGGUUAAGUCUAGAAUCAAUUUUGGAAGAUUUAGUACAUCGGCCUAAUGCCAAUUUGAAAGGUCAACUUACUUUUGAAAUUGCCUUACUUCCACCGCUGCAAAGACUGGUGUUAAGAGGUUUAUAUGGAAUUAGAGAGUUGCUGGCACUCCCAAUAAGUUUAACACAUCUGGAAGUGUUCUGUAUGUCAUUGCAAGUUGUCCCAGACCUCUCAAACUUGACUAAUUUGGUUGAGUUGGACCUGCAUGGCGGCUUUGAAUAUGGCAAACAAGAUAUAAUUCAUACCGGUGAUUCUAGGUGGAUCAGGAAGUUAUCCAAACUGGAACAAUUGAGAUUGUGUCACCUCCAUGUCCCUUCUCCCAUAGAGUUGACUUCCCUUCGUCGGCUUAGCCAACUCCAUUUGUGUGGAGUGAACUUGCAACCCUUCACACAAGUUCCCUCUUCUCUAUUAAAGCUAAACCUUAAGAAAUUCAAUUCAAUCGCGUUACUCUCCUCCAACGUAAAGAAUUUGUCAGAUUUAGAGCUAUGGCACCCUCAAGUGGAAGAGAUUAUACUCGAUGGGCUUCAGCUUCCAAAUUUAAGGAAACUUUGGGUUUAUGAUGAUGGUGGACCCCUCCAGAGAUUCAUUCUAUCUGGCAUGAAGAUGCUGAAAAAGUUCGCCAUAUGGGAGUGCCCAAAACUAGAUGAGAUCCACAUCGCUGGGGUGUUGGAAUCGUUGGAGGUUUUGCGUAUCAAUGAGUGCAAAUCCUUCGGAAGGUUCAUGUACGUUAAGAUACAUGGGAAAUCUUCUCAUGAAUCUUCACUGAUCCUUGAAUCAAGAGUCUUCAAUAAGUUGCGGGAUCUCAACCUACAGAAUAACCAGAAGACACUCGGAAUUCAAGUAGUUGGUACAUCGGAAUCGUUGGAAGAGUUGGUGCUAUCUGGUGAUCAUUUGCAAAGUCUUGGUGGUUUGUCAAACUUAAAGAACCUCAAGUCCUUGAGAAUACAUUCUUGCCCUGAGCUACGGAUUGAUGUAUGGACCACUGAAUUGCCAAAUGAAUGCCGCUUAUACAUCAACUGGUGCGAGAAAUUAGUUGGGGUUAGAGGACAUUACGAAGGCACUGUCCAGGGUUUCAAGCGUCAUAAGAGGUUCCCCAGGUUUCCAUCGCUUGAAGAUCUUGAAGAAGAAGAAGAAUAUCAGAGCGAAGAAGACGGAUAUCAGAGUGAAGAAGAAGAAUAUCAUAGCGAAGAAGAAGACGGUCCUUUUACAUGUCACUGUCGAGGGAGGACGAGGGGAUGUUGAGGGCUGCUCUGUCCAGUUUCAAGGCCAAGGAGGAGGAGAUCGAGAGGAAGAAGAUGGAGGUCUGCGACUGCAUCCUCUCCCACCUGGGUCGGAUCAAGGAAGAGACCAAACGCUUGGCCAUUAUUUGCAAGCAAAACGGCAGCAAAGAUGACGGUGGUGAGGAUAAAACUACUGAGGAAGAAGAGACAGGUGGUGGUGAAGCAGAUGAGGCGCAACAUGGCAUUGCCUUCUUCAGUCUGGUCAGGACGCUGCUGCUCGUGUCCGGGUACAUCUAGUUCUUCCACUACGAUAUGCUUUUCGGUUAUUGCAUUGGCAGUUGGUGUAGAUUUUUGUAUUGGACGGAAUUCAUGUCUGUGUUGAGAGUAAAUUGUCUUGAGAAAAAGGGUUACUCUCAAAUUUCCAGUGGUUUUUGUACGUCUAAUUUAUAAUUAGAAUGCUUUGAGAGUGCCGAACUUUAAAUAGUUAUAUCGGUUUUUAGUUGCAUUCAGUCAUUUGUAUCAUCCGGUGUGAAAAAAUUCAUAGUCGAACAAAUUUUUGAGAUUUUGAA